CAGGCGGAACCUUCCAUCCCACUGCACCCGGACAGCUGCUAGUGACGGACCCAUGGUAACCCGGACGUAUAGAGGCGGUACACUGAUUAAAUUCAAGCCAUGGAGGAACAGGAGAUGCAGAUUAAGGUGAAAAAAGGUGAGCCAGUAGUGUUUUGGAAGGGGUAAAGCGAUGGCGAAGCCGAUUAUUCAGAGAAUCACAGAUAAGUUUACUGAGAGUAUGUAUGUCCUCGCCAAUGAGCCUUCAGUGGCUUUGUAUCGCCUGCAGGAACAUGUACGAAGGUCAUUACCGGAGCUGGCCCAGCACAAGGCUGAUAUGCAGAACUGGGAAGAACAGAGCCAAGGAUCCAUUUACACAGUGGAGUAUGCUUGCAGUGCUGUAAAAAGUAUGACCUUCAGCAGCGUGCACUUUAAGAGCGUUGAGGGUCUACUGAAGCAAGCCAUCAACUUGAAGCACCAGCUGAACACCGUGCAGAGUCGCAGGUAGUACUCCGGAUACAGUUUUCAUUGUCCACCACAGCCUUCAUAUAUAAACAGGACAGAGAGGAGCGUCAACGAGGAGCAAAGAAAAUGUCCCUG